AUGGUUACCGACUUUGCUGCCACAAGCGACCUAUUUCUCUUACACGACCGUCUUUGCAUUGUUGUAGAAGAUUCACCUCGCACGCAGCACACGUCAGGUGACUCCGACCUGACCGCUGACAUCAAAUACAAAGACGGGCACCACCGACAAAUGGCCACGCUCGAGAGGCCAAAGGAUAUUCAACCCCUUCGGUCGAGCGAUUGUAAGCAUGCGGAAGAGCAAGUCCGGCCAGUUUUCGUCCGUGCCGAUCGACAUCUACCCAAAGAGAGAGACACUGGCCGUUCGGAAAUGGAUUUUUUUGGUUGGCUUGACUUCGUUACCUUCCAGUCAAUAACCGGCUGUGCACUCUGA